AUGGAGGCACCAGAUGGACCAUGGGCAUGGGUGGUCCUGGCAGCCGUUAUGGUGACACAGGGGUUGGUCUUGGGCUUCCCCUCUUGUAUUGGGGUCUUUUACACAGAUAUUCAGUCUUCUUUUCAAGCCUCCAACACAGAAACAUCUUGGUUUCCUUCAAUUAUCAUGACUGUCCUGCAUGCAGGAGGUCCACUUUGCACUAUCAUGGUGGAGAGAUUUGGCUGCAGAGUAACAGUCAUGGCUGGAGGACUACUGUGUGGGGUGGGUUUGGCCACCAGCUCCUUCUCUCAGAACAUCAUUCAUCUGUACUUGAGUGCUGGGCUUGUUGGAGGUUUGGGGUUUUGCUUUGGUUUUCAGGCCACUGUUACUGUUUUGGGAUACUACUUUAUCCGACAUCGCACUUUGGCAAAUUCCCUUGCUGCCACAGGUGCAUCUAUUGGGAUGGCAUUGUGGCCUCUGGCAGCUCAGUCUCUUCUAGAGCCACUAGGCUGGAGAGGUUCCUUUCUCCUCUUUGGGGCAAUUCUACUCAACUGCUCUGUUUGUGGUGCCAUCAUGAGACCUGUCAAAGUCCCAAAAGCUGCUCAUGAACAGGAGGCACUUGAUCCAAAGACAAGCAGUGAGACUGACCAAAGGGAGGAUGAAAUGAAACACGGCAAAGGUCUGAACAGAUACAUUGCUUUUGACCUCCUACUUAAACACAGGCGCUACCAAAUCUUCACAAUAGGAGUCACCUGGCUGGUACUUGCAUUUGUAUUACCACUCUUUUAUUUGGUGCCAUAUGCAACCAGCAGAGGUAUGGAAGAGGCCAAAGCAGCACUACUGUUAGCUAUCAUUGGCUUCAUUAAUAUAUUUGUUCGCCCUGUGGCUGGGUUGGUAUCUCAACAGAGGAUGUUUAAAGGACGGCUUAUUUAUCUAUUCAGUGUAUCAGUGAUUUUAAAUGGACUCAGUAACUUGGUUUGUGCAACAUGGGUGUCUUUCCCAGCCUUGUUGGCUUACUGUGUCUUGUACAGCAUAACCAUGAGUUUUAUUGGCUCACUGGUCUUCCAACUGCUGAUGGAUACUGUUGGGAUGAAUAGGUUUCCUGGAGCUUUUGGCCUCUUCACCAUCCUUCAAAGUAUCACCAUUAUGGCGGGACCGCCUCUGGCAGGAUUGCUGGUUGAUAUUACACAUCAAUAUGGCUUGGUUUUCUAUGCCUGCUGCAUUGCUGUCACCUCAUCUGGACUCUUCAUGGGUUUGGCCUCCUUUGCAAUAAACAGGAAGGAAGCAAAGGUAAAAGGGAACAUGAAAAAUACUAAAGAGGCCACAGCUUGUGAAGGGCUUUAAGAUACAGAGGAGGACCACAGAAGAUUGUUUCCAAAUAUGUUUGUAUUAUCAGCACUGUUUAGGAUGCCAACGAUGGGAAACAAACUAAUGUUACUAAGACACUGUUCCUAAAUGGUUUGGAUCUGAUGUUAGUUGAGAUGAGCAUAAAUGAUGCAGCAGCUUGUGAGAGAGAUUUCAUUUACAGCCCUUGAUGGAUGAAAAUAUCUCAGUAAGGAUUCAAUCAAUCUAGGUGGGUGAGGUUCUUGAGUUCAGAAGAACAUCUCAAUUAUCUCUGUAGGAUUUAAAAGGUUGUUGUAAUAUUUUUCUAGAUGUUUUAUAAACCUUUGAGCACAGGAUAGUAAAUUAGCUCCUCUUUUUAUGGAAGGCAUACUGUCCAUAAAAUAAAAACUCCACUGCUAGCUAAAUAAUUGCAUACUGUAAUGUUUCACAUCAUUAAAGAACUACAUUAGCUUUUAAAAA